GGCGACCUCCCGCAGUGAUCGGACAGUGCGAGCUGCGCCUCGUCCCGCCAGCAUGCCGCCUGCGCCCGCGUCUUUUCCGCUGCCCACAUUCCCCAACGCCACGCCCACGCCCGGGCCGGUGGUGGUCGCCCUCGCGCUGGGGCUCGCUCCCCCGCUCGUCCUCCAAGCUUGUCCUCUUCUUUCCACCAGCUUCCUUUUGGUAGCUCCGACGCCGCUGCUACGUGCUGGUGCUGAGCCAUGGGGAAAAGGGGAGCGGCGAGAGGCUAGCAGCGCUUCAGCUGCUAGUAGUACUAGAGGACUAGUUUACUGCUCCUGAGGGAACACGCUGCUGUGGAGCAGGUGGAUUCUUUUUGGCCGGGGGGCACCGGGGCAGGUGAAAACGGCCGCCCACUCGAUUGGUCUCUCUGUCCGCUGAUUUCAGGUCGGAACAAGCGUGCAUCAAAAUCAGAUUUCAGAUUUUUGAUGGAUCCGUUACACGAGCGCUUCAGUCUCUGGAGGAAUCUGGCGUCCUGAAUCCAAGCGCAGAAGUUUUAACCUCCUGGCAGAAAAGCGCGGUUGCGCACCUAGUGUUCGUCGGAAAGCCGCGCUGAGGGAGUUGCAUCUUGCAACCGCCGCAGCCGUUACGAUGAGAGAUUUUGCAUCUUGCCUGGGCCAAGGCGCCGUCCAAGUUGUGCAACCCUCUUCUUCAGGUGGGCAGAACAUGGUGCAGUGCGCCUACCUGGCCCAGCUGAGCGGCAAGCCGUGCAGGGUCACCGUCACCUGGAGCAAGGUGGCCAUGGGGCAGGCUCUCGCCAUCGCCAUCCACGACUACUCGAACCGUUGCCUCUGCAAGACAGAGGUGAAGCCCUGGCUGUUUUCCAAGAUGAAAGGUUCCAAGGUCAUGGAAUUGGACGGUGGCAACGUGGAGGUCAUCUGGGACCUGUCGUCUGCGAAAUUUGGGGCUGGGCCAGAACCUGUUGAAGGCUUCCAUGUAGCUCUGAUUUAUGAUCUUGAAGUUGUCCUUGUUCUUGGUGACCAGUGUAAGGGGGAGCACCGGGUUUUGUUGGAUGCUUCACAUUCUGAUGCAGUCAUGAUAGCCAGAAAGGAGCACAUUUAUGCAAAGAAGGUGUAUUCAGCGAAAGCUCGGUUCGUGGACAUUGGUCAGUUUCAUCAGAUCUCCAUAGAGUGCGACACGGCAGGGGUGAGGGAUCCAAGCCUAGAAAUUAGAAUUGACAAGAAGAAAGUGUUGCAGGUCAAGAGGCUAGCAUGGAAGUUCAGAGGGAACCAGACUAUUUAUGUCGAUGGACUUCCAGUGGAAGUGCUCUGGGAUGUGCAUGACUGGCUGUUUACUUCAUCAAGUGGAUGUGCCGUGUUUUUGUUUCAGUCUGGCCAAUCCAUGGAAAAGUUCUUGUUGAGAACAUGCUCGCAGAAUGGAAAGGAGGCUCGAGCACAUCGUUUUGGUUUCACAUUGAUACUAAAUGCAUGGAAGACUGAGUAGGCACUACCGCAAUAGGCAGAAACAUGAUUUCAGGUUUCUUCAACAACUUUACUCAGAAUGUUGAACAGUAACUGUAGGAAUCUCUAGGGUCUAGCAAGUCUAACCAAACCCUAUGCAAGAAUUUUGUGCUCCUUAUUACAUAUGGUAUCCUGGCGGUUGUUGACAAACUGAGAUUUUGGAUAUGCAUAUGAUCUUUGAUGUAUCGGAAGGUUUUUAGAUAGGAUAUUGGAUUCUAGUGCUCAAGUCAUCUAAUAUCAUGUCGGUCACCUUUAAAACCUUUUGAUGAAAGAAGGUCCGUGAUAGAAUACCAAAAAUGAUUGCCACACUUCUUUUGUAUUUGUAAUUGUUAUGCUUUGCAUGUUUAAAGUGGGGCUCAGGACAUAAACAUACAGUUGAGGAAA